AUGACGGUAGUGCACUUUCCCUCUCCUCAUCCUCAGAGAGCCAUCUAUGGCUUUGUGCUUUUCCUCAGCUCACAGUUUGCCUUCUUUCUGUAUUGUCUGUGGGCUUUCAUCCCUGAUGAGUGGCUUCAUUAUAUAGGACUGACGUACUGGCCUCAGAAAUAUUGGGCUCUCGCGGUGCCGAUCUAUCUGCUGGUUGCUUUGAUGACCUGUUUUCUGAUGCUGUUCGGAGUCAACAUGAUGUCCACACCUCCACUUGACUCCGUGGACAACAUCACAGAUGUGUUUGCCGAGGCCAGAAGACAGAGCAAAAAACACAAGGGGGGAAUACCCAGACUGAGAGAUGUUCCCAUCAGCGAAGUCAACCAAAGGCUCUACUUGUCGCCCAAAUGA